UGCAGGGCGUAACUGACAGCACUGGACUCACUUUUAAGAUCGUCGGCUUUCAAGAUUGUAAAACAAUAGCUCCUAGCACACUCGUCACUUCAUACCUGCACUACAGUUGAACAUGGUAAAGACUUCUAGCAAAGGGUUAAUCUGACUUGGAAACAAAAGGUCUAAAUCUACAACUGAAGCAACCUGCGUCAACAGGGUUUACAGAGAAUAGUAUGAAAAAGAGAAAAUAUCCAGUGAGCGACAUUUGUGUGGACGAAAGGCAACAGUAACUCAAAUAACCACUUGUUACAACCAAGGUAUGCAGAAUACCAUUUCUAAACGGACAUUGCAUCCAACCUUGAAGCAGAUGGGCUACAGCAGGUGAAGACCACAGCAGGGGCUACUCCUGUGAGCUAAAACAGAAAACUGAGAGUACAAUUUGCACAGGCUCACCAAAAUUCUACAAUAGAAGACUGGAAGAACAUUGCCUGGUCAAUGAAUCACAAUUCCAACGGUGAGAUUCAGAUGGCACGCUGGGACCCUUCAAAAAUGAACAAACUUUUUUUCUGGUCCCUCUGUGUAACCCUACUUUUCCUUGGUAUUAUGUGGAUCUCAUUCAUUUACUACUACAACCUGGAUAUAUAUAUGUUCAUGAACACAUUCAAGAAAGGGAUCUUACUUAAAACAUCAGAAAAAAAAGGUAUGUGGACUGUCAAUGCCAUUGGACGUUUGGGCAAUUUAAUGGGUCAGUAUGCAACACUCUAUGCCCUUGCCAAGAUGAAUGGCCACAAAGCUUACAUUGUGCCCGAUAUGUACAACCAGCUGUCAAAGAUCUUUAAGAUUAGAUUACCUGUGCUUCACCAAGAUGUCAUGAACCGCAUCCAAUGGAGACAUUAUGGACUACAAGACUGGAUGUCUGAUGAGUACAGAUACAUUGAAGGUGAAUAUGUUAAUCUUGUAGGUUACCCGUGUUCAUUUACUUUCUACCACCAUAUAAGAGAUGAGAUUCUUCGAGAAUUUACUUUCCAUGAUUUUAUUAAAGAGGAGUCUAACGCUUAUCUUGAGAAAAUUAGAGGAAACAAGAAGAACAUCACCUUUGUCGGGGUUCACGUUCGCAGGGGAGACUACGUGCAGGUAAUGCCAAACACAUGGAAAGGGGUGAUUGCUGACAAAGGUUACUUGCAAAAAGCCACGGACUACUUCAGAAAUAAGUAUGAGAACCCUCUCUUUGUGGUCACCAGUAAUGAGAUGGAUUGGUGUAAAGAGAAUAUAAACAAUUCUUUGGGUGAUGUCAACUUUGCUGGAGAUGGACAGGAGGGCUCGCCUGCUCGGGAUUUUGCAUUGCUGGCACAUUGUAACCACACCAUCAUGACCAUAGGGACAUUUGGUAUUUGGGUAGGUUACUUGGUAGGAGGAGAAACCAUCUACUUAUCUGAUUAUGUUUUACCUGACUCUCCAUUCCUUAAAGUUUUUAAGUAUGAAGCUGCUUUUCUUCCAGAAUGGAUUGGGAUUCCAGCGGACCUCUCACCGCUUCUUAAUGAAAAAAAAACCCUAAUGACUUUUUCAGGUUUCAUAAAAAAAAAUUAACAAUAAAAUGUUAAAUGCUAUAAAAUUACAAAGACAGUACUGUCUUCUUCAAUCUCCCAGCUAUCUGGCACAGGUGCUUCAACAGUCCUCCCUAUUACUUACAAGCAGCUAGCAUAUGACCACUGCAGCCAUUGAGUGGCCUUGAAUGUUAAAUCGGUUGCCUGAUCACUGGUAGUAGUAUGACAUGUGACCACUGACACAACUGAUUGGCCAACAGCAGUCAUGUGUAGUCCAUGUGUAAACAAAGACAAGUUGGCAUCUGCCCUGGAUCAUUGGAGAA